CUGUGGUCAAUUUGAUAUUGACAUUGACAUUUGAUUGUCAUUUUUUUGAAAUUGUUGAAAAUAACCUUACUCAUCUUUUCGUAAAAUCAAUUUCUAUUUAAAUACAAUAAAAAUUUUAAAGCCUUCAUCAGUGUAUUUGAUAUAGUAACUUCUGUGACAGAACCAUGUCGGAGCAGAAUGUUGGGUCAGCCCCACCUUCGGCAGCCCCUUCUGCCACUAGUGUGGGUGAGGAGCAGAGAUCUACCAGCAUUGCUCCAGGCUCUGGUGGAUCUGAAGAGAAGGUGUACGGAGGCUGUGAGGGCCCGGACGCUAUGUAUGUGAAGCUGGUGUCCUCUGAUGGCCACGAGUUCAUCGUAAAGAGGGAGCAUGCCCUCACGUCUGGCACCAUUAAAGCUAUGCUGAGUGGCCCCGGACAGUUUGCAGAAAAUGAGGCAAAUGAAGUCAACUUUAGGGAGAUUCCAUCACACGUCCUUCAGAAGGUAUGCAUGUACUUCACAUACAAGGUGCGUUACACAAACUCUUCCACUGAGAUCCCUGAGUUUCCCAUCGCCCCAGAGAUUGCCCUUGAACUUCUCAUGGCUGCCAACUUCCUCGACUGUUAGUUGAUAUUAAAAAGAAAACAUGUUUCAACUAAAUCCUGGUGUAUCUUUUUUGGCUACCGUCUGUUUCAAUCUCUGUGAAAUCACAAUCACAUGAACAAAAAGAAUUUGUGAUUUAUUUUAGUGGUACAUUAUUUCAACAAUUUAGUAUAUUGGAAAUAGGUGAAAUGUAGGUAUUACUGUGCUAAGCAGCUUCUGUAAAGAAUAAGUUGACUCCAAAAAUACAAAAUAGACUUUAAGUUAAUUAUUAUAUUACGUAGUUCUUGUAUAGGUACAUUUUUCAAUACAUAUUUAUUUAAUAAAAUAAAUAAGCCUUUUGUCUGAGUCUUUUUGAAAUAAAAAUAUUAAUGCAUCCAACAUAAUCUUGAUCUAGCCAUCGCGGCCCA